CCUGGUCAGUCAGGGACGUGGCGAGGCCGCUGUAGUGGUUUGCUCGCCUCAUCGGCUGUUUUCGGCUGAGCUUCUGCGCCUGUCGGCGGCGGUUUCCAGGGAUGUCCUGGGUGGUUCUCGUGGCGGCGGCCGGCGGGGUUGCCCUCAUCUCGGCCUUCCUCAUGUUGCUCUACAUCGCGUCGCUAAUGGCCAGCCCGAAGCCUUUCUCGUUAUCUGGCGCGCACGUUGUGGUGACUGGAGGCUCCAGUGGCAUUGGAAAAAGUAUUGCUGUGGAAUGCUUUAAGCAAGGUGCUUUUAUAACACUACUUGCGAGAAAUGAGAACCGGCUAUUGGAGGCCAAGAAAGAAAUUGAAAAAUAUGCAGUUAAUGAUAAGCAGGUUGUGCACUGCAUCUCUGUAGAUGUUUCCAAAGACUCUGCAGAUGUGGAACGGGUCCUCAAACAAGCUCAAGAGAAGUUGGGUCCAAUUGAUAUGCUUGUCAAUAGUGCUGGGAUGUCAGUUACUGGAAAAUUUGAAGACCUUGAUACUAGUAGUUUUGAGAAAUUGAUGGCUGUCAACUACCUGGGAAGUGUUUACCCAACUCGUGCAGCCAUUACCACAAUGAAGGAACGAAGAAUGGGAAGGAUUGUGUUUGUGUCAUCCCAGGCUGGGCAAGUUGGACUAUUUGGUUACUCAGCUUAUUCUGCAGCAAAGUUUGCACUUCGAGGAUUAGCUGAAGCUUUGCAAAUGGAGGUAAAGCCCUAUAAUGUCUAUGUAACAGUUGCCUAUCCUUCGGAUACAGAAACACCUGGCUUCAUAGAAGAAAAUAAGACAAAGCUUUUAGAGACUAGACUUAUUUCAGAAUCAUCAUCGCCUCUUUACCAGCCUGAUUAUGUUGCCAGAAUCAUUGUUAAAGAUGCCAUACAAGGAAAAUUCAGCAGUUCCAUUGGUACUGAUGGCCACAUGUUGAAUAUCUUAACUAGUGGAAUGUCGCCAAUGAAUUCUCUUGGUGAAGCCCUAGAGACGGUUAUUUGCAUGGGCUUAUUCCGCCUCAUUGGCCAGUACUAUACAGCAAGCUUUGACAGCAUAGUUCGCCGCUGCAUGAUACAAAAGGAAAAAUCUGAAAAAACGGACUGAAUGUGAGCAUUAUUUUAAAAGUUAGUUUGCUGCUAAAUGAGACUCUCUCUCUCUCUCUGACAUAAGCCUCAUAUGAAUAGACGGUGUACAUGAAAGAAGUAGUAAUCCUCUAUGGUGAAAGAAGGAAAUAAAUGUAUAACACAAGAAAAUGAGGUUAUGCGGAAGCACUAAUGAAGAAGCCUACAUUUUCCCCUGUGAUUUGAAGUAACAAGCAGAUUGUUGCCUUAGAAACAAGCCUUUUGGAGGAGCAGAACUUCAGUGGCCUGUUUGCUAUCAAUUCCGGACCGACAUUAAUUACCCCUUUGUUAGCAGUGGUGAAAGAUGGAUUCAGUGAUGUGUAUCUUAAUCUAAGGGCAGAUUCGGAUGUGUUCUGUGACUUCCCACACAACUGUGUCCCACCUCAGAUUUCAUAAGGAGGCUCAAGUUGUAUAUUAUCCUGAUAAUGUGCUUGCCAGAGAAACGAAUUGUGUGGGUGAUGCUCUGCACGUAGGCUACUUACAUGAGGUAUAAUUGGUCAGCUUAUAGUGAAAGUAGCCAAGCUUGAGUCUUAGAGUUGGCAGGGGGAAAGUAAGCAUUCCUCUCUCGAAAUUUGAGGUGUUGCAAAAUUUGAAAGUACAGUGCCAUUUUAAAGAAUAAACAUUUGAACUGCCCUUAAAAAUGCAAUCUUGGAGGUUUACUUCAGUUUCCUUCUAUCAAGGUUUUAGGGUCUUCUCUAACACUGGAUAUUUUGGCUAACCUUUCCCACUCCUGAUGGUAUACUGUAACUUUUGUGAAGUAUUUUCCUUAUUGUAUUAAUCAAGCACUAUAAUAUGUAAUAUAUGGAAAUCCUUGAUAGCAGACCUGUAUGAUCCUAAGUUCUCAGUGUCGGAGUAAUGAAGUAUGCUUUUAGCAAUUGUGUAUCUUUAAGGGAAAUGAAGGACCUUUUCUUCACUGAGCUACCCUAGGUGAGUAUUUCUGUCCAUGAUAAAGGAAAUCCAAUUUAAGCAAAGCUUUCACAACUAGAAAUGUUUUGUAAAUGUCUUCAUUAAAUGUAACUUCAUGUUUGUCUCUGUCAGCUGUGUACAAGAGGAGGCUUUUAUGCUGCUGUAAUUCAGGCUAGAAAUACAAAUGAGCCAGUCAAAUGCUAGAUUUCACUAGAAUUAAAUUUAGCUCAAGGAAGUGCUGGGGUCCUUCUAUGGCGGCAGCGUAACUUUCAAUACUCUCUGUGUUAAUCCCCCCCCCCCCCCAGAUAACAAUUUUAUUAAAUGCGUACUAUCUGGAUUUAAAAAACACCAGUGAUACUAGCGUUUACUUGCCCUCUGUCAAAGACUGGUUCCUAUUUGGAUACAAAUAUCAUGCCCCUUCCCCCCCUCCCCCAGUGCUCAGUUCCUAAAGACAAUUCCUGCUAUACCCUGACAUUAUUUAAGUGCCUAAGAUGAAUCUUGCUUGCAACAGCCUCAGCUUUUAUGUUUGGUUAGCAGGGAUACACCUUUAAGAACUGGAGGCCUUCCUUUGGCAUUUUCUUCCAAAAAUAAAAGUGGUUGACUUGUAAAAUUUAUUUUUUUAAAAGAGGUCCUCUGGAGAGCAUCCUUUGAGGCUAGAUCAUUCCCACGAAUUUCAGAUCAAUUAGCAAGUCUUCCAAAUUUUAAGAGAUUUUUAGAUUCUUAUAGCUGGUACAGUUUAUAUUGUUAAUCAGAAAAAUACUGAGUGGCCAUGUUUACUUUGGGGUUCUUGUGCACAAGUAUUGGUUUUCCAAGCAUUGUGUAAGUGAACCUGCAUGCUGCCAAUCUUAAUUGUAUGCUUUUGAGCCAUUCUGGCACUUUGAGGGACUCUUGUUAGAAGAUUGUCCUUGGCAAGUUGUGCCCAUGUUCAUCUUAAGGGCACAGACAUUGAAAGUUCUUAGUUCACUUGCAGUAAGCAGCUGCAUGAUUCAAAAGCAUUUGGACAUUAAUAGUGGAACAUCACAUUGGAAUCAGCAGCUUUGCAUGUACUCCUUAGAACAUUUUUAUGGCAAGUGUUGAAGUAGAGUUUGCUGACCGUGUCUGCAACAUUGAACUCAGUUUCUGCUUAUACUUGGAAUGAUUCUCUACAGCUCUAGACUAUUCUGACUGGCUAACAAGUUAGCUAGGUCAAAUUUUGAAAUAAUUUAAAGCAAUUCAGAAAUGCCAAAUACUUUAAGGAGCCACUCAAACAUCUGUUUUUCACCACCAUUUUACGGCUAGCUGUCUUGCAUGUUUAAUUUUAAUGGGAGAAAGCUAAGGAUUCUCCUGUGAAGUCAACAGGACUUAAGCAUGCCUGUCUUAAGGGAUCAUACCCUUGGUUGUUUCUUUGUUUGUCACAUUUCCAGGUUUGCUUCAGCUCUAAAUGCUAAACUUAAUCUAAUGAUAUUUAGCAUUUUGGAUCAUAUUCAAAAUUACUAGUGUACUAAAGAAAAAGAAGGAAAUGAGUAAUUAUCCUAAAAUCGUUACCUGUGAAACAUUAGGCACUUUUUAAUGUUAAUAUUGGACAUGGCUAAAACCCAUAGCCCAUUUAUGGUUGUUGCUUAACAAAGUUCUGUGCCAGAAUUGUAAAAUGUCAAUAUUUUGUAUUUCACAAAAUAAACUGGAAGAAGUUAUAUUUAAA